AAAAACAAAAUCAUAGAAAUAAGUGUAAAGGUGGUUGCAUUUUACGCCUAAAACAGUUUUAUUUGACAGAUAAGAAAUCAAAACAACAAAAUUAUGUUGGAUUGUUGGUUAAUUAUUGUUUUUUGUUUGUUUUUAUGUUUAUGUGUCUUCAUAAGUUGAAUUAGAUUAAUAUUUAUAAAACUCCAAUGGUUUUUUUUUAUUAUAACAUGGCUGAAAUAAAUGUAGGUGAUAUUGCAUGGGGGAAAAUGGUUGGGUUUCCGUAUUGGCCCUGUGUAGUUUUGAAAGAUGUUAAAGUGCCAAAACCUUCCAAAGAUCCGAAUACAAAGUAUUACUGGGUAUAUUUUUUUGGCUCUAAGAAUUAUUCUUGGAUAUCUAGAAAAAGACUCUGUACAUAUGAAGGUAACAGGUAUAAAUACAGACAAGAACAAGGACAUGUUAAUUUUGCAGAAGCAAUAAAAGAGGCUGAAACGCACCUCAAACGUAAAAAAUUGAAUUCAAAGUACCAAGUAGCAAUUAAAGAAAAGUUUAAUAUACACGAGUAUGAGAGGAAACUUAAAAGGAGUGAAAGUAGAAUGAAAAAGAGAGCAAAGCUAAUGGUUAGAUCAAGAUCUGUAAGUGUAAGUACAGAUGAAGAUCAUGAAUCUAAAAUAGCCCUAAAUACAAAUAUUACUACCUCAACAUUGGUUUUUGGAGUACUUGGCAUUGGUAAUUUAGGAGCAGGUAUUGCCAGUAACCUAAUCCAUUCUGGUCAUGUGGUUAACAUUUGGAAUAGAUCAAUUGGUAAAUGUGAGUCACUGAUGAACAAAUUUGAUCCCAAAUUCAAGAAAAAAUUAACACAUUAUUAUACUCCACGAGCACUUCUACAAAAUUCUGAUGUGAUACUAGUUUGUUUAUCAGAUAAAGAAGCAGUGAGGGCUUUAUUUGAAAAAAGUUUUGGUAUACAUAAACCAGACGAUGUAUCUUUAAAAAAUAAAGGCAUAAUUCAGAUGACUACUACAGGUCCAGAAUUUUCAAAAGAUAUGAAUUCAGUUAUCGAAAAGAAAGGAGGUAAAUAUUUGGAAGCUCAAAUUCAAAGGAGUAAAACGGAAGCAGCCAAUGGAGAUUUUAUUACACUAGCGGCCGGUGAUGAGGAACUGUUUUCUAAAUGCCCUACGUUUUUUAAGGCUAUAGGAAAUAGUGUCAUAUUUUUAGGAGAAGUUGGAUACGCCUCUAAAAUUAACUUGAUACUACAAGUAAUAAAAUGCGUUAACCUGGCUGCACUAUGUGAAGCUCUAAAUUUAGCAGAACGUAACGGUGUGGGCAUGAAAAAUGUAUGUGACAUAUUAGAGUGUACCAAUUUGUCCAGUUUAUAUCUUCUAAGAAAAUGCGGCUUGUUGCAGCAAGAAAACUUCCGCGAUGUAGAGCAGUCUCUGACCAAUUUACAGAAAGAUAUGAAAUUAGUCUUGGAUUUAUCAAAUAACGUGAAGCAUCCGAUGUUUAUAGCCAGUACUGCCAACCAGAUAUAUCAACACUGUAUAAGACUGGAAUACGGAGCUUACGAUGCGUCUAUUAUUUUAUUACGACACCACCAUUAAACAAUGUUUUUUUAGUUCAUAACGAUUUCUUUUAGAAAUAAAUUAUUCGACAAU